CUAUAAACCUGAUUUACAUUUACAUUUACAAAUCCCUUAGCACGGAAAUGGAAAUGAGUGGUUGAAGUGGGUUUAAUGGAGGAUAUAUAUUGAAAUACGUGAUUUUCAUUCAACAGGUGUUCAUCAUUGCGGAGAGACAAUGUAAAUAGCUUAAGUGGUGCGGUCUGUCAGAAAUUUUCCGUUGAGCUUUCUACUCCAGGGGGGUAUUCCAAGUAGCCAAGUUUAACAAAAUUGGGUAGGCCUAAGUUAACUCAAGAGUUAACCUGUGGAAAACUAUGUUGUGUGAAAUAUGUCUACGUGGAGGGUAGGCCUACAGGAUACAUCUCUAUCAUAAGCUACUGUUAUUUAGUUAAGUGAAGUUAUGUAAUCAGUCUUCGGGUUAAUACAUUUGCAUGGACACGCCUAUAGGCCUACUGUCAGUUUAUAUUCCAGGGCUACAGCACACCCACAGGCGGGAGUUAAGUUUAUUCAUCAGGUUGUCUGCGCAUCAAGCAGUGCAUUGGAAAGUGGAGCACGUUCGAAACACUCGACUUCUUCAAGACAACGCGUCGGGACAGGAGGUAAAAUAGACAGCAUAGACCUGCCUUAUCUCAGAUCAGACAUUAAACAUGACUACCAAAAUCCAAAUCAAAAGCCCAAAUGUGAGAUACACAGAGAGGUACAUUGAAGCUCUCUACUCCUACCACACCACAUCUGUGUCCAGAGAUGGGGACAUGUAUACAGUAACACCUUCCACCACUCAGUUCACCUUCCACACUGAGCGGGCGGUGCCCAAGCUGGGGGUGAUGCUGGUGGGCUGGGGAGGGAAUAAUGGCACGACUGUCACCGCUGCGGUCAUUGCCAACAAGAUGGGCAUGCGCUGGAGAACCAAGACUGGCAUGAAGUGUGCUAAUUACUUUGGCUCCUUACUACAAGCCUCCACAGUGUGUUUGGGGUCGGGCCCAGAGGGGGAGGUCAACAUACCUUUCCGUGAUUUGCUUCCCAUGGUGCACCCUAACAACAUCAUUUUCGAUGGUUGGGACAUCUCUUCCUUAGACUUGGGCCAGGCGAUGGAGAGGGCUGAGGUGCUAGACUGGGAUCUACAGGAGCAACUGCGGCCACACAUGAGCCAGCUGAAGCCCAGGGCCUCCAUUUAUAUCCCAGAAUUCAUAGCUGCUAAUCAGAGCCACAGAGCUGACAACCUCAUCCAGGGAACAAAAGCUGAACAGGUGGCACAACUCCGGAGGGAUAUUUGUGACUUCAAGCAGAAGAGUGGUGUGGACAAAGUCAUCGUUCUGUGGACCGCCAACACAGAGAAAUUCUGUGAUGUUGCAACUGGUAUCAAUGACACUGCUGAGAAUUUGCUCGCCACUAUCCAGAAAGGAGGCGAGGUAUCUCCCUCCACACUUUUUGCAGUAGCCAGCAUCCAGGAGGGCUGUGCGUAUAUCAACGGUUCCCCACAGAACACCUUUGUUCCUGGGGUAGUUGAGCUGGCCAUACAGAAGGGUGUCUUCAUCGGAGGAGAUGAUUUUAAAUCUGGCCAGACCAAAAUUAAAUCCGUUCUCGUGGACUUCUUGGUCAGUGCAGGCAUUAAGCCAAUGUCCAUUGUUAGCUACAAUCACCUUGGCAACAAUGACGGCAUGAACCUCUCAGCUCCGCAGCAGUUCCGGUCUAAGGAGAUCUCCAAGAGUAACGUGGUGGAUGAUAUGGUGCAGUCUAACACUGUGUUGUACAGCCCUGGAGAGAAGCCAGAUCACUGUGUGGUGAUCAAAUAUGUGCCAUAUGUGGGUGACAGCAAGCGUGCCAUGGACGAGUAUGUGUCUGAGAUUAUGAUGGGUGGCACAAACACCAUCGCUAUUCACAAUACAUGCGAGGACUCCUUGCUGGCUAGUCCAAUCAUCUUGGACCUGGUCAUCCUCACAGAUCUUUGCCAGAGAAUCACAUUCUGCACAGAGAGUGACCCCAGCUUUCAGACCUUCCACAGUGUGCUCUCUCUGCUCAGCUUCCUCUGCAAGGCCCCUCUUGUCCCACAGGGGGCGCCUGUGGUCAAUGCCUUCUUUCGCCAGAGAGCUUGCAUUGAAAACGUCAUGAGGGCAUGUCUAGGGCUGCCACCUCAGAGCCAUAUGCAGCUUGAGCACAAGAUGCAGAGAACUCUCCUGGCGAACCAAGGGGACUAUACUGUGGCCACUAAUAAGAACAAAGGUGUCCACACGAACGGAUUCCACUCAUUACACUGCAGUGGUGUUGCUGGACAUAAAAUGGAGGAACCAAGCAUUGAAUAAGAUCCAUUUGUAGUGUGGAGUUGUUACUGACUAUAUGUAAUCGGUGUACAAAAAUGAAGUGCUUGUGAACGGACAAGUACUGUAUGUGUGUGUACUGUAUUUGUCACUUUUGACAGGACCAUGUGUACUUUAAAAAUAUUAAAUGCAGCUUACUUUA